AUGGCGGCAUUGAGAGCAUGUGCUGGCAGGAGCCUGCAGAGGCUGACGAGAAGCGUGAGUGCACCACUCCAUACCACCACACUGCCAGACAUUGACACCGUUCCAGCAAAACACCAUAUCCCCACGACCUAUCAUACUAUCACGAUCACGCCUGCCGACCUCAACGCAUUCACAACAUCGUUCGCGAUUCAUCUCGACAACCCGUCCCGCCCGGCUCGCCGAAUUGACCGACGCCUUCCCCUCCCAAAUCCAAAACACACCCGCGGAAUUCCUUGGCCGACCCGCUCAAGCACCCACUGCGCCGCAAACGUUGACUGAAAAGAUCGUCCAGAGAUAUUCGCAAGGGCUACCGGAUGGCAAGUUUGUCAAGUCGGGAGACUAUGUCACACUCUCUCCACACCACUGCAUGACCCACGACAACUCCUGGCCUGUCGCGACGAAAUUCAUGAGCAUCGGAGCCACCAAGAUCCACGAUACGAAGCAGAUUGUCAUGACCCUGGAUCAUGAUGUCCAGAACAAGACUGAGAAGAAUCUCAAGAAGUACGAGCAGAUUGAGUCGUUUGCGAAGGCGCAAGGAGUAGACUUUUACCCGGCUGGACGAGGCAUUGGACAUCAGAUUAUGGUCGAGGAGGGUUACGCCUGGCCCGGAACGAUGGCAGUGGCCAGUGACAGUCACUCCAACAUGUACGGAGGCGUCGCGUGCCUUGGAACACCCGUGGUGCGCACGGAUGCAGCCAGUAUUUGGGCCACUGGGAGGACAUGGUGGCAGAUCCCUCCGAUUGCAAAGGUCACCUUCACUGGAAUCCUCCCCGAAGGUGUUACUGGCAAGGACGUAAUCGUGGCGCUCUGCGGAUUGUUCAACAACGACGAGGUACUGAACCACGCCAUAGAAUUCACCGGAUCCACAAAUACCAUGCGGAGCCUGCCAGUGGAUGACAGAUUAGCAAUCGCAAACAUGACCACGGAAUGGGGCGCUCUUUCUGGUCUCUUCCCUAUCGAUGAUGUCCUCAAGGCUUGGCUGCGCUUCAAGGCUACAGAAGCCAGCAUGUACAAGUCGCCUUCACAGACUUCCAGCCUGACCACCGAUCGAUUCAACCACGAAAAGCUCGACGAGCUGUUCAGCAAUCCUCUGACAGCCGACAAGGGCGCUACAUACGCCAAAGAGCUGUACUUGGAUUUGUCUACUCUGUCUCCGUACAUUUCCGGUCCCAACUCCGUCAAGGUGGCAACUCCAUUGGCGGAAUUGGAAAACAAGGACAUCAAGGUCAACAAGGCGUAUCUGGUCUCUUGCACAAACUCGCGCCGAUCAGAUCUGGAGGCCGCCGCCAGGGUGUUUAAGUCAGCUGCAGACUCGAACGGCAAGAUUCCAAAGAUCGCGGACGGUGUGAAGUUCUACAUUGCGGCAGCGUCCCUUCCAGAACAGCAGGCCGCCGAGGAGCAGGGCGACUGGCAAGCUCUUCUCGAAGCUGGUGCCGAGCCUCUGCCUUCUGGCUGUGGUCCGUGUAUUGGUCUUGGCACAGGACUGCUGGAGCCGGGCGAGGUUGGCAUCUCUGCUAGCAACAGGAACUUCAAGGGUCGCAUGGGCAGUACAGAAGCGAAGGCAUACUUGGCUAGUCCCGAGGUGGUCGCAGCAAGUGCUCUGUCUGGAAAGAUCUCUGGCCCUGGUUGGUACGAGAAACCCGCCAACUAUGCCGGGGUCAACCGCGGCUUGGGUGAUGGCGUGCCGGAAGAGCAUCGCAUGAUCAGCAUCGAAGACGCCCUUGACAAGAUUGUUCAGCAAGCAGAGGCCGUCGUGCAGGAAGGUGAGCGAACACUUUCUGGUGCUUCUCCCGAAGCGCCUUCUUCACAUGAAGCGGAAGAGAGCUCUAGCGGUCUGACCGAAAUCCUGCCGGGUUUUCCUGAAAAGGUCACUGGCGAGAUCGUGUGGUGCAACGCGGACAACGUCAACACUGAUGCCAUCUACCCUGGCAAGUAUACCUACGACGACGCUUUCAGUUCAGAUCCCGCGAAGAUGGCUACCGUCGUGAUGGAGAACUAUGACCUUAACUUCGCUAAGAUUGCCAAGCCCGGUGACAUCCUGGUGUCUGGCUUCAACUUCGGCUGUGGCUCGUCGAGAGAGCAAGCUGCGACCGCUAUAUUAGCCAAGGGACUUCCGUUGGUUGUGUCUGGUAGCUUUGGCAACAUCUUCAGCCGUAACUCCAUCAACAACGCUCUGAUGGGCGUGGAGGUGCCGAAGCUUAUUGAGAGGCUGCGAGCCGCUUUUAAUGACGAUGCACCUGCCGCCACCGGCCAGGCUGGUAAGGCGGCCAUCACUGAGCCAGGGCAGAAUAGCCAGAGCUUAGACUCACCGCCUCCAGCGCCCGUGAGUAAGCCGACGGAGAAGCCACUCACUGUGCGAACAGGCUGGACAUUUACAUGGGAUGUGCGACGGAGCCAGGUCCUAAUUAAAGAAGGCGAAAGUGGACAGAGCUGGACACAGAAGGUCGGCGAGCUCCCGCCGAACGUGCAAGAAAUCAUUGCUCGUGGCGGAUUGGAGAAGUGGGUGCAAAAGGAGAUUGCAGCGGAGAGCAAGCUUGCUUAG